AUGGAUCAUUCAAAAGUACCAGUGUUUAAAAGACCUACUAAAUUACCAACAAGGGAGGAAUUAGCAGCUAUAUUUAAUCCUCCAAAACAACGAAAGUUGUCAUCUGAUUCAACCCCCAGAAUAAUUGAACAAAGUCGAGUAUCAUUAGAUUUACCGCUGUUGACGCAAACACACCAAACACAGCAUAGUACCACAAGCUCAACAAAAUUUAUUUCCCCACCACAUUUACUUCCUCCUAAUGCUGCUAUUAAUAAUCCAAUUUUAAAUUCUGUGCCUCAAAACAUCAUUCCUAUAGUACACCUGCCAGCUAUUGUAUCGGAUUUUUUCAGUGAUAUAACUACUGAUUUAACCAAUGAAAAAUUAUCAAAUCAAAUUAAUGGAAUUCUUGGGAAAUUCCCACCGCCAAUACCACCUGAGAAUCCAACAACAACAACAACAAUAACAACAACAACGUCAAAUCCACAACAGACAAACACUUCUGAAGAUUUCACUCUAGAACGAGGAGGAAUGAUGGUUCCAUUUAUAUAUCCACCACCACCAAUUAUAAAUCCUAAUGAAUUACCUUAUUCAUUAGCUUCAUUUAAAGAAAAACUUGAUAACUUAUAUUAUGAACAACAACAACAAUUACAACAAUCACAAAUCAAACCAUCUAGAGGAAGACCUCAGGGGAAGAAAAAAUUGAAAACUCCUGACUCUUCAAUGACAAUUAAAUCUCCAUUAUCAGAUAUAACUUAUAACAAUACAAAUGAUAAUCAAGUAUAUGUUGAGGCACCACCUUUACCAUUCCCACCACCAAAUUAUAUGCCCUAUCCAUUAUCAUCAGAAAAAUCCACAUUAACACCAUCUGAAGUAUUUGGAGUGUUUUUAGAAGCAAAUUCUCAAUUACCUAGAGUUGAUAUGGUAGUUGCCAGUGCUGCCGGGUCAUUAUUUGAUAUGAAAUCACUGGCUUAUAAAGAAGGAUUCAAUAUAUUAGAUUAUGAAUUGGGUAAAUUAAAUGGAAACAAUAAUAAUAAUAAUAAUAAUAAUAAUAAUAAUAUGAGUGGUGGUAAUAGAGGAAAAUUAAGACAAAGAACGGGAUUGAAAGGAAUGGAUGAAGAAGGGACAAUAAAUGAUAAUGAAACUGAUGAUGGACAAAAUAGAGAAGAACAAAUAAUAGAAGAAGAGGAAGAGAGGGAGGGAGAAGAUGAGGACUCAGAAGAAGAAGAAGAAGAAGGAGAAGAAGGAGAAGAAAUGGGUAGUGAAGAAGGAGAAUCAGAAGAAGAAAAACAGGAGAUUGAACAAGGGGAAGAAAUUGAAGAUGAUGAAACUUAUUUCCUGAAAAUUGAUACUAAGGAAUAUUAUGAUUCUUAUGCUACUAUUAAUGAAGAUCCAACAGAUACCACUACCACCACAAAUAAAGUUGAAAUUAAUAUGAUUAAUCCAAAUUUUGAGAAAAUAUCAAGUAAAUUAAGUAAUGUGAAAAACAAACCAACAACAAUAGAACAAACAGAUGAUAAGUCUCUGAAUGAGGCUAUUGAAGAUGUAUAUUCAUAUCCUGAAGAAGCUAUUGGGAAUCUUUAUCGACUUGAUCGAAAUGAGUUUUUCCCUACUAAUAAUAAUAAUAAUAAUAAACCGAAUAAAGAAAUUGCUUAUAUAUCCGGAUUAAAUCAUGAAAAACGUCGAAAUGAAUUAUCAAAAUCCAUUGAAGUGAUUGAAGAUUUUGAAACUCGUCAUCUAGAUGAUUUAUUUAAAGUUAAAAAAUAUCACUUAUUAACAAGAUUGAAAAAUUUACAAUCAUCGAAAAUUUCUUUCCUUAAUCACACUAGUUCUAAUAUGAUUAAAGAUGAUGAAUUAUUAAAUAUAGAACAAGAUUUAGCAUUGGAAAGAGAUUUAGAAUUAUUACAUUUGAAAUUAUUAGAAAAUUAUGAAUUAUUGAAAAAUUCAUUAAAUUUUUAUCAAAAUUCUCAUAAAAUUUAUAAUCAUUUAAAUUAUAUCCUAAUUAAUAAAUUGGAAAAAUUGAAAACAUUUUUUGAAAUUCAAAAAAAUUUAUUCCUUGAAUAUAUAAAAAAAGAUGAUAAAGAUAAUGAUGAUGAUGAUGAUAAUGGCAACUCGAGGAAUAUUUUCAAUAUUAAUGAAAAAGAAUCAAAUAAAUUAUUUAUUGGAAUAUCAAAUCAUGAUUAUUCAAAUGAAAUUAAAGAUAUUUUGAAAAAUUUGAUUGUUAAUGAUAUUCAACAAUCAUCAAAUGAAAAUAACACCCCAAAAAAUUCAGAUUCAAAUUCAAAUUCAAAUUCUAAUUCCAUUGAUUCAUUAGAAUUACCAGAACUAAUAAAAACACCAUCAUCAUCAAAUAAACUUGGUGGUGGAGGAGGAGGAGGAGGAGGAGAAAGAGGAGGUUCUUUACCACCAGUAUUACUUCAUGAUUUUAUGCCAUUAAUAACAUCACAAGAAUUUAAUCUUAUAACUGGUGAAUUAAAUCAUAAAUCAUUGAAAAAUUAUGUCACCACGACUAAUAGUACCGCUGCCAGCAAUCCUAAUCACAAAAAAAUGCUUCUGAAUUCAAUUUAUGAAAAAAUGAUAACUUCUGGUUCAGAUACAAAUUUAAGUGAUAGUGGAUCUAAUACUACCACUACUACGACAACAACAGCUACUAGUAAUAUCAAAGGUGGUAAACGUCGUGGUGGUAGACGAGCAACAACUACAACAACAAGUACAAAUGCCAACACUACCACCACCACAAAUCCUAAUGAUAAAUCAAACAAUGGAAUUAGUAAUGGUGGUGGUAUAAAUGGUAAUGUGAAAGAAAAUUUUGAUCAUAAAUAUAGUGAAGCAACAUUAUUAGCAAAAAUAAUGAAACAAUUUUCUGGACCUAAAAUGGCUAAACCAGAUGAAUUAAAUCAUGAUUUAGAGUUAAUGGGGAUUAAAACAAAAUGGCCAAUAACGAAAUAA